AUGGACUGCUCAGAUUACGAGAAGAAUUUCUUUGAGGAGGGAUUAGAUGAAGAAGAAAGUGUGGUCCUUACAUUAGUUCCAGUUAAUGAAGAAAUUGUUGAAGAGUAUCAAAUGGAACCAGGUAUUUCUUCAACUUCAGAAGCCAACCUGGAGCCACUGAAUACAAACGAUCAGGUUCAUCUUCCUCAAGUGAAUGAACAGUUCAAAGCAUGCCCCAAAUCUAGCUGUAGUAAACCCAUCUUUCCCUUGCCAACCACUUUGCCUCCAGUUAACAAAGUGAGUCGGGACACUUUGCGGAACUGGUGCCAACAACUUAAUUUAAGUACAGAUGGAAAGAAAGUAGAGGUUUAUCUGAGACUUCAGAAACAUGCUUAUCCUGGAAAAAAUCAGUAUGUUCCUCAGUCAUCACAGGAGGCCAGAUUGCAGUCAUGUUCAAGGAAACACAAGAUGGUGACCAAGAGCGCGAGCACUGGGAAAAGUAAGAGGAGUGAGAGGGAGGAAGGGACCAACGUGGUUGAAGUGAUAACUUCAGCUCAGGAAGCUAUGUUGGCAGCAUGGGCAAGGAUCGCCGCACGAGCUGUUCAGUCUAAGGCUGUGAAUUCACGCCCGGUUCCUUCUUCUGUGGAGACCUUUCUGCCACAAGCCGCUGGUGUCAGGUGGUGCGUGGUCCACGGCAGGCCUCUCCUGGCAGACACAGAAGGUUGGGUUCGCCUGCAGUUCCAUGCAGGUCAGGCCUGGGUACCGAACACUCCCAGGAGGAUGAUCUCUCUCUUCCUGCUACCUGCCUGCACUUUCCCAUCCCCACACCUGGAAGAUAAUAUGUUAUGCCCUGAAUGUGCUAAGAGGAAUAAAAAAAUAAUGAAAAGAUUAAGUGCAUUGGGGGAGAAGAAGAAACGCAGUUUGAACACAUCAACAUCAUUCCUCUUAGAUGGGCCAUGUCCUAAUAAAAAAUAAAUGACUACCAGAGGGGAAGGGAUAGAUGGGUGGGCAAAAUGGGUGAAGUGGGGGUAACUGUAUGGUAAUGAUGGUGACAGACUUACCAUGGUCUAUACUUGUAGUGUAUACGAAUAUCAAAUUUACUAUAUGUACAUCUGCAACUAAUAUAAUGUUAUAUGCCAAUUCUACUUCAAUUAGAAAAAAUGUAGAAAUCUAUUGAAAACAACAACAAAAACUACUA